AUGUCGCCUGAGCUUUCCACGUUCAUCUCGCAGCUCUCGUCAACUGUGAAGGCUGCUCGAAGAAUCCAGGAAGCGAUCACACCUAGUACAGUGACAGCCGCCACCCCGGCGCAGCUCAAGGCAUUCGAGAAAGAGACCCCGGAUCUGCCACCCGAGGUGCUCAUGGAACUUGCAUUGGAAGAAUGGGAUCGCCGCCAUGGGACGUCAAAGGGAAAAGGUGCGAAACCUGAUCCUGGGGUUGCUGCCGCUGUGCUGUCGAGCGAGAAGCUGAAGAGCUGGAAAGGCAAGAAGGGGCCGUGGAAGCCAGUCGGUGUUUGCUGGAACUGUGGAGGUAAAGGUCAUAGGCAAGAUAACUGCUCAAGCCCGAAGCAGGACAGCAAAGAUGCGAAGAACGCACCUGAUGCCAAGACUGACCAGGCAAAGCCGAAGCCGACUGCGGCAUCAGCUGUCGACCUCAAUGCCAUUGCCGGAGCAUGGACUGCCAUAGACUUUGACCUGUCAGAUGUCGAGUCGACUUGCCCAUCCAUUUUCUCGUCAGCUGGACAAUCGGAUUAUACUGCACUUACUGAAGCUGACUCUGAUGCUUCUACAUCUGUGCCGGACUUAGAGCGCACUGCAGAUGACCUGUCGGAAGUCUCUGAAGGUCAUGAGGAGCACGCCAUUGCUCCUGUUGAGGCUGUGCCUGAAGUCGGUGAUGGCGGCCUCACGAAAACUGUUCCUCUUGCCGAGAGGAUGCUGUCUGUACAGGGCUGGCUUGGAAGCCUUGCGAGCGAAGAGGACAUGCCGGUGGAUGCGGGUGACGACCCGAUUGUAUUGCCGGAUGUUGCUGCUGUCGCUGUCGCACUAGUUGCUGAUGCGCAUCAGCCUAGGGACCUGUACGACUCUGGAGUGAGUCACCACAUGUCACCAUAUCGGGAGGAUUUCCUUACCUUCCAUGAGAUUAUGCCAUGA